AUUCAUAUAUUUAUUCAUUUGUAAUGCACUUAUAGGAAUUUGCAAUGAACUACUGGAGUACGACUCUUGGUGUCCCAGCAGAUAAACUAAACGUGGGAUUUGCUGCUUUUGGAGUCGCCUUCAGACUGGCUAAUGCUAAUGAUAAUGGAGUCGGUGCACCUACCAGCAUUGUGGCUCCAGAAGAGGGAUGCUACACGGGUCAGCCGGGUGUUUGGUCAUAUUAUGAGACUUGCGCCUAUAUUGAGGGUGGUAUGACAGAAAGGAUUCCGGGUCAGAGUGUUCCUUAUACGGUCACAGAAGACCACUGGGUUGGAUAUGAUGAUUUUCUCAGUGUUGACGCUAAGACUGCACACAUUGCCACUAGGGGCUAUGGAGGAGCGUUUGUGUGGGCUCUGGACCUGGAUGACUACAAUGGAGGUUAUUGCCUGGACGGCACUUUCCCCUUCACGAGAUACCUGAAAAGCAGACUUCCAGUUGCCGCUCCCGGUCCCACCAUCAUAUUCAACCCCAGCACACCCGCACCACCAGUUGCUGCUCCCCGUGCCACCAACAUGGCCGCUCCCGCCACCACCGUCGCUCCCACUACCACCACCACGACUCCCACCACCACCACCACGACUCCCACUACCACCACCACGACUCCCACUACCACCACCACGACUCCCACCACCACGACUCCCACUACCACCACGACUUCCACCACCACCACCACCACCACGACUCCCACUACCACCACCACCACCACCACCACGACUCCCACUACCACCACCACGACUCCCACUACCACCACCACGACUCCCACUACCAGCACGACUUCCACCACCACCACCACCACGACUCCCACUACCACCACGACUUCCACCACCACCACCACCACCACGACUCCCACUACCACCACCACGACUCCCACCACCACCACCACGACUCCCACCACCACCACCACGACUCCCACUACCACCACCACGACUCCCACCACCACCACCACGACUCCCACUACCACCACCACUACUCCCACUACCACCACCACAACUUCCACCACCACCAAAAAGGCUACCACUACCACAUCCUCUGGCAGCGGUACAGGGGACGUCUGCAAAAGCGUUAGUGGGAUCCACGCCAACCCAGGGGACCCUACCACCUUUUAUAACUGUGAUCACGGCAGAGCCACUCUGCAGAAAUGUCCUUCAGGUCUGGUCUUUAAAACAUCCUGUCACUGCUGUGACAGACCCUAACAUAAUCCAAUGGAAAUAUACUGGUCAUAUUUAAAGAGUGAAUUUAUCUCACGUUAAGUGUGUUGGGAUUGUUCUGUUUCCAGUUUAUUGGUUAUAAUUUAUAAUAUCAUGAUUUCUAUAUCCAAUCACAAAAUGUUUAUUGUUUAUUUAUGUUAAUUAUAUCAGUGCAAUAUAUAUUUGAUUAAGUUGAAAUAAAAUUACGCUAAAGC